UCACACUACCCUAGUGGAAUUUUGCCUAAGUAGUAUCCGCUCUCUUUCGUUUUAGCCCGGUUUGAGUGCGGCACCGUGUUCUCCUUUGCUGUGCACGGGCUCUUGCUAUCAGAGAGACAACACGUCGAGUGUUCGAGGGUUUAAGGCCAACGCCAAAGCGAGAACCGGCAAAGAAGAACCAUCAGCGUAGUCCUCCAUGGCUUCCUUAUCGAGAAGGCUGUCUCGUUCUUUUAUACUCACUGCAAAACCCUCUCAGCAUUCAACGAGUUUCUGCACAAAUAUUGCCUCCAAUGAUGUACCUAACCUGGAAGAUUCCAGCCCCGGAUUUGACAGAAACUCCUCCUCCUCCUCCUCGCCGUCGUCAUCGUCGUCCUCCACGGACUCGAACCAGCGACGACCUGCACAGCAAAGGCCCCUAGAGAACGGCAUAGAUAUUGGGGUUUACAAGGCGAUUUUGGUUGGGCAGGCAGGGCAGAGCCCGGUUCAGAAGCGGUUGAGUAGCGGUCGGCUUAUUACUAUGUUCUCUUUGGGGACUGGUGGAAUCCGUAACAAUCGGAGGCCAUUCGAGGAUGAGGACCCGAGGCAAUACGCCGAUCGCUGUGCUGUUCAAUGGCACAGAGUUGCCGUCCACCCUGAGAGAUUGGGCCAACUUGUCUUUAAGCACGUUAAACCUGGGUCUAUAUUAUAUUUGGAGGGGAACUUGGAGACCAAAAUCUUUAGUGAUCCACUAACUGGAAUUGUUAGGCGAAUAAGAGAGAUAGCGAUUCGUCAAGAUGGUCGUUUUCUAUUUCUCAGCAAGGAUGGUGAUGCCACGCAACCAACACAAAAAGAAUUGAGAAGUGUUGGCUAUUACUGAAAGGAUAUUUGGAGAAUGAGGCAGUGGUUCAGACUUCAGAGAUUGAAAAUGACAAUCGUUAAAGCUCAGAAAUGAAGAUGACAAACUAACAAUUAGCAAUACACUGAAAAUGAAGGCAUGAAACAAUGCUUACAUGCUUGCAUUUGACUGGAAAAGUGUUAACAUGAAGGAUUAGAUGAAUUCAUUGUUUAAUUCCUUUAAGAGGUCUUCGUAUUGUCUUUCUAUAGCGUGCACUAUUUUUACCUCAUUGGAAAUUGGGAAGAAAGAAGAUACGAUUUGGCUA